AAAUCGUCCAUCUCUUUUUUAAGUUCUGUUGACAGUAGACAAUCCACAUUGUUUAGAAACACGCACAGCACUAGUGAUGUAACAAUAAGUAUGGGUCUUGGGUCCAGUAUAUUCACUGAGCAAGAACUGGACGAUUAUCAGGAAUUGACAUUCUUAACCAAGAAGGAAAUUCACCAUGUUUACAAGCGAUUUCGAGAAAUCAGAUCCCAUGAUCCGAAUUUUUCGAAACAUGACAAACUUUCUAAAGAAGAUAUCUUUAAGUUACCGGAGUUUGCUGUGAACCCUUUCAAGGAACGUAUUGUGAAAGUCUUUUCAUCUUCAACUUCCGGUGACGACAGCAUGACGUUUGAGGACUUCCUUGAUAUGAUGUCUGUGUUCAGUGACAACGCCCCCGUGUCAAUUAAAAUAGAGUAUGCCUUCCGAAUAUACGACUUUGAUGAGGAUGGAUUUAUUGGAACUGAUGACAUCAUCAAAGUAAUUAAGGGUCUCUUGGGUGAAAAUUGUUCUACAAAGCUGAAUGAACUUAAGGAGAAGCAGAGAAAAGGAAAACAGAAUACACAGGUUGAAAAGGAAUCACAACAACAACUCCAUGAAGUAUUAAAGCAGGUUGCCGAUUCUAUUAUCGACGAUGCCGACCUGGAUAACGAUGGACAACUAUCUCUGGCAGAAUUUGAGCAUGUUAUGGGCAAAACACCGGAAUUUGCAAAGUCGUUUAGAAUUCGUCUAUGAUUUUAGACAAAAAGGACUUAAAUACAGUUUGGUUUUUUUUAAUCCAAAGCAGUAUCAUAAACUAUAAAAUGUAACAUUGCACUGAAUCAAGAUUCAAUUAAUGUUAAAUUGUUUUAAUUUAGCUAUAUAAGAUUUGUUUCGUUAAAAAUAGUUAUAAAAUGAUAUAUGUAUGUUGUACAAUAUCAAAGCAGUUACAAUUUUCCUUGAAAUGUCAGAGUUUGUCUUUUGUUUUAAUUUUGUCAUAAUUGUCGUAUAUAUUUUCCUCACUCUAUCGGUAAAAAGGCCAGUUGUAUGUUAGAUAAUAAUUGAUAAGGUAGUAUUAUUUUUAGCAUUUGAAUUUUAAAACGACUUUUUUUCCAUGAAAUCCAUUGAAAUGCGUUCUGUGUAUAUGAUGAUGAUAUAUUUGAAUUUGAUUUGCCAAUGAUAUACUUAAAUGCAUAGAAUCAAUAACCAAUGUAAAGGCUAUUAAACCACAUAUAGUUUAUUUUUUAAAAAAAAUUAUACUUAAUUAGAAUCAAUGUCAAAGUUUUUAACGACACAUUCGAUAAAAAACUAAUAGUAAUGUUCACUUGAACGAUUAAACAAAACUAACACCUAGUGAACCUAUAUAUCCAUAUUUUGCCUUAUUUAUUUAAAGAAAGACCGAUUAUUGAUUCAACAGAUAU